AUGUCUACAGGAUGUCUAACUUGUUUCAAAGUCAUGCGACUCUGGAAAAAGCAGAGCAAGAAAGAAGACAAACCCUUGAAAGCAGAGAGAUUGCCAGAGAAGUUUGUAGAAGAAGAAGACGAAAACGGUGCGGACAAGAAGACACCCACCAUUAAUGAGCCAUGGAUAUUCACCCCAUGCUCACGUGUAGACAGCAACGAUCCUAAUUGGCAAGAGUAUAGUGACAAACUCCAUGCAGGUGUCUCUUCUUCAUCACUGAGUAAUGAUUUCCACAAAGUGAAGACCUUUGAUUUACGAGGGGUCACAAAAACCGUGGCCAAGUGA